AAAUAAUCCACAUGACUUGUCACGAUACUAAAAUUUUCACUUUUUCGAUAUUGAUACUCAGUAAAAGUUUCGUCUUUCAAUGCCAUUGACAUUGACAGACUCUUAAAAAAAUUAAUUGAAACUCUACGUUUAUCACUAAUAGACGCUCAAAUCCAUUUAAAGCUGGAGGGUACCAACAAAUGAACAUUCUGCCAUCCAAAUUCAAUUGGAUUGGACGUCAAGUGUUGUCAAUGGCAGCCAAUGUGUUAACUUAAAUGCAAACUUAUACUACAUUACUAUCAAAAGUAGUGCAAAAUCAAAUUUCUGGUGACUUUUGGUCAAGCAAAUACGGUGGUACCUCUACUUAAGAACGUCUCUACAUGACAGAAUUUUCAGGUCAAGACACGUCUCAAUGGGAAAAUGUUGCCUGUCGUUUGGUAAGAAAUUUCAGGAUACAAAAGGCAAAAAUACAGCAUGAGUGGUACUCGCAGCUCCCAGAGGAGUUUACUUAGCAUAUUUCUAGCUGCUUUGCCAUUGGCUAAUUGGCUAAGAGGGACAUCUACUGUGUGUGUAUGUGUGUAUCCCAGUGUCCUCUUAAUUCGCCCCUCAUCAGACCGCUUUAAUGUGUGGAAUGUGUUUGUGACAUGUUUAGAUUAGUGUUGCACUGAUACUAUUUUUUGGCCCCGAUACCGGGCUGUGCAGUAUCGGCCAAUACCAUUCCGAUACCACUCCGUUUAUAUAUGGAUUGAAGGAAUCUGACCUUUUAGCCAAAUUGCCGGAAUCACGCCAGCCGAACAGCCGGACCCGUGCUGGUGCAGCUCCAGCGACCCGGGCCAGCGACAUCUGGCAAUCUGCCCAAAAGGCCAAACUCCGCGCGUUCACCUUAGUCUUAACCCUUUGUACUGACUCCAUUUUGAAAGCUGGAAAAAGGCUUCGAAAGACAAGUUGACAAUUCGUUUUGAGUCGACAGCAAUCAUACAGCACAGAGGGACCCAGGCGAGGAUUCAGGGUCACCAUAUCACAAGUCAACAAAAGGUUCCCGAGAAAAAAUGACAACGAUUAGUUAAACAUUGUCUUUUUUAAGGCUUUCGCGGGGCGGGCUUUGGGCAGAAAAAGUGUGUGUUUGGGAUUGGACAGGAGGAUUCCGAAUUUUCUGUUGUCAGGGCAACGGGGGUUAUGGAUUUUGCCACCUCAGCGUCAAAGGGGCUCUUGGAGUCUUAUCAGUCGUGUUAUCAGUUGUAUGUCGGGCGUUCUCCGGUGUUCCUUUUGUUGGGACAGGGCGUCCCCCCCAUUUGUUCUGGACUGUCCGGGAGAACUGAUUGCAAGAGUUGGUGGUACAGACGUGGGCUUGUCAGUGUCAGUCUUGCUCAGUCAGUUGCAUGACGCAUACAUUGCGCUUCCGUGAUAACAAUGUUUGGGCGUUGUUUAGGAUUAUUGCCUGUUUGUGGAUUGGACAGGAGGAUUCAGAAGUUUCUGUUGUCAGGGCAAUGGGGGUUGUGGAUUUUACCACCUCAGCGUCAAAGGGGCUCUUGGAGUCAUCAGUCGUGUUAUCAGUUGUAUAUCGGGCGUUCUCCGGUGUUCCUUGUGUUGGGACAGGACGUCCCCCCAUUUGUUCUGGACUGUCCGGGAGAACUGAUUGUGAGAGUUGGUGGUACAGACGUGGGCUCGUCAGUGUCAAUCUUGCUCAGUCAGUUGCAUGACGCGCACAUUGGGCUUCCGUGAUAAGAGGGCGUCAUGUAUUUCUUAUGCCCUAUAUUCGGCUUGUUUUCCUUAAACUAUGGUAUAAGUGCUAUUUAUUUUAUUUUGGGUUUGUUAGAGUAAUACAAAAAGUCAAACCGUAAAUACGAGAAAAGGUACUAUUCCCUGAUUUUUAUAUUCAAGUUUAAUUUCGUAAGUAGAGGUACCACUGUACAAAUAAAUGAAAAAUCUGUUUUCAAAAGCAGGAAGUAAGUCAAAAUACUGCGUACAGAAAACAUGACUUAAGACCAGUAAAAAGUUAUUCAUUGCUACUAUACACGCAUAAUCAACAGUUGUACAGUACAGUUGCAAAUUGGCAAGUGUAACUGUUUACUCGUCAAAUGAGAGCGUGAGGGAGAAAAACGAGCUCUUCCCGCUCACAUUGCAUCGUCGCAACUUCCUCAUUAACCGCUUUAGAGCUUGAGAGAACACAUCUAAAACAAGAACUACGAGGCACGCCAACACGCAGCAGAAAGUACAUAGUAGAAGCCGCUCAAGUAUCUAGAGGAGGUCAGGCAUUGACGGCCACAAUGCUGCGACAGUCUCUCAGCAUUCUCAAGCAGCUAGGAUCGUCUGCUAGAUCACAAGAUGCCAGUGAGCUUUUACAUGCAGACCUGGUUGUGGUGGAGCAGCGGGUGGAGCCAGCCAAGAGAGCAGCACAGAUACUCAACAAAAAGCUUCAAUUCUGCAUGCAGAGUCAGACAGGACCCGAUACUGAAAAACGGAUGAAGAAGCUCCCACUCAUGUUGCUGUCAAUCAGCAUGGCGGAGAGCUUCAAAGACUUUGACGCCGACUCGUCUUUCAGAAGGGUGCUGGAGAUGUGUUGCUUCAUGGAGAAGAAGCUGGCUAGCCUCUUAGCAGACUUUGAAAUCAAAGUGGAGAAGGAGGUUCUGGAGCCUUUGAAUAAACUUAGUGAGGAUGAACUACCAGAGAUUCUCAAAAACAAGAAGCUUUUCGCGAAGCUCAAUACAGACUGGAAUAAUGCACGACUCAGGUUCCAGAGCAGCACCGGUCCACAGGCCAAGCAGGACGGUCUCAAGGAGGAAGAAGAAGAAGCUCUGAGGAAGUUGGAGGCUAUCAAGAAUCAGUAUUCAGCCGAUCUGUAUCACUUUGCUACCAAAGAAGACGACUACGCAAGCUACUUCAUCCGCCUUUUGGAAUUGCAAGCAGAAUACCACAAACAGUCGCACGAGUUCCUGGAUAGAAAUAUAAGUGAACUCAAGGAGAAUCACAACCAGAAAGGGCCACCGGCGAAUCCCUUCAGACCAAAGGUUUUCGGAGAGCCUCUGGCUUCUCAUCUGCUUCAAAGCAAGCGAGAAAUUGCAGCGCCCGUUCAAGAAUGUGUGCAACUGCUGCUCAGAACGGGCAUGAAAGAAGAGGGUCUGUUUCGUCUGGCGGCAGCGGCUUCGGUGGUGAAGAGGCUUAAGACUUGCUUGGAUCAGGGGACAGCCAAUCUCAGUGAGUUCAAGAUGGACCCUCACGCUGUGGCUGGAGCUCUGAAGUGUUACCUGCGAGAACUUCCUGAACCCUUAAUGACCUUUGAACUCUACAAAGACUGGUUCAAAGCAGCAAGUGAAAAAAACCAUACAGAGAAGUUGGAGCAGUUCCGAACACUUCUGACGAAAUUGCCUCGUGAAAACUACAACAACCUCAGGUACCUGAUCCAAUUCUUGUCUUUGCUGUCGGAAGAACAGGCCGCAAACAAGAUGACGCCCGGUAACAUUGCCAUUGUCCUGGGGCCCAACCUACUCUGGCCACAAUCUGAAGGGGAGACCUCUCUGGUUGACAUGGCGUCAGCCUCAUCGGUGCAGGUGGUGACGGUUAUUGAACCUCUUAUUCAGUACAGCUCAGUUCUCUUCCCAGAAGAGGUGUCCUUUGAAAUUCCAGGCAUUCCUAAAGUCCAAGAUGACAAUCCUAUAAUAUCAGAACAGACGCCACUUAGCAGUACAGACUCCACCUCUUCAACUUGCUCAACGGCAAGCAGCAUAUCCCCUCAGGACGGUGUCGGUGUGUCCUCUGGGAAGUCCGUCAGACGUCGAGCAUGGGCCACUUCUGCUCAAAAGGCAGCUACUCAAACAACAACGCUCGGCGGCUCGAUGCCAGAGCAGAACUCGACUCUACAUCCAGCAACGGCGGGUUCUGACCCGGGACCGAGUGCGGAGCAGCGCUCGGAACAGGUAGAGCCCGUUUCGGAGGCCGGUCCGAGCUCGCCGAAAGCAGUCGUGACCAUCGCCACGCCGAACAAACAAAAGAGAAUCCUGAGCGUGAGAAAAGGCAACAAAGCCGACAAACCAUUGACAGUUCACUACAAUAAGACUGGUGCAGCGGCGCCUGACGGGAUCCCGGCGGUGCGUCCUGCACCACCGGCAUCUCCAGCUCAGCUGUUUGGUCUGAAAAGAAAGUCCGUUAAAGCCCCUAGCUGUCCUCCGCCACUUCCCCCUGCAUCACAGUCGAAAGCGGCUCACUCUAUAGCAGAGUAAUGACAUCUACAGUGGUAUGAAAAAGUAUCUGACGCUUUUGGAAUUUCUCACAUUUCAGCAUAAAAUC